AUCAAUCAACCUGUUGACAGAUUUGAUCAUAAAUGCAUAUCCAACAAAAUUAUUAGUUUAGUGAAUAUAUUCUUGGAAUUUGGAAUUACAUAUUAUUUGUUCUACGGUUCAAGAUGGCAGCUCCUCGCACUAAUAACUCAAUGGAAACUAUACUCACGUUUGAAAACAGAGAUAUCAGCCAGUGGUCGGCCAUCUGGUCGACGACGCACGUGACGUCGUCGGCCGGCCCCAACAGCACGGGCUGGCACAACGUCCGUCGCCGGCGCACGCGCAUCGCCGCCCUGUCCUUGGGCGCCUUCCUUACCAUGCACUGCAAGGUUACGGCCGCCGCGCUCACUGGAGGAUACUUUAUUUUCUUGAUAUUCCUGGCCUUGUCGGUGGUGGCGCUAGCCAACCCGCUGCGGCAUUUUGAAGUGUACUUGGGACAAUGGAGUAUCAGCGGACCGGGACGUGCCUUCCGCAUCCUGCCAAUGUUUGAUGGAAUAGGCAUCGCGAUGUGCAUAAAUGCGCUAGUACGCGCAAUAACUUGUUGCAUCAUCGCUGCAAUAACGGGUACCUACUUGAUGCAUUCGGUAUCUGAUGAAAAAUUGCCCUAUACUUAUUGCAGGGAUUUCGAGCUGAAACCUUACGAUCCUAUAUUAAAAGAUGUAACCAGAUUGCAGGAAGGAUAUAUAUCGGACAGGAAUAUAUUUAACAGCAUAAUAUUUAAUGACUGGAGGAGGCAUGAAUUGUCUCAGUUGGCCGAGCAAAAUACUGUCUCAACCACAGUAGGAUUUUCACCCUUCGCGUGGAGAAACACUUCGUUGACGGGUAAAAGAAAUAUUCAACUUGCUGUAAGACAGUUCCAAUCUUGCAAUGAAAGCUAUAAUGGAUCGUACCCUGCCCUGUACGAUACGCCUGCAUAUAAUUUUUUUUACGUGGAAGUCGUACACCUAAGACCUGAUUAUAGUUUAAAGACUUUUAAUACAUUAUUGAUAUGUAGUAUCAUUACAAUUUGGAUCAUGAUAUGGCUGGCGCUGGUAACCGAACGUAUACUUAAUAAGAGGAUAACUUGGAAUAGGACGUAUCUAUGGUUUGUGAUAGUUCCUUGUGUAUGGGGAAUAGUGCUCAUCGUGUCCGCCCUUAGUCAUUUGCCGGUUUUGCAAUAUAAUAAUAAGUUAAAGUAUGGCAUUAAGCUUAGUGCCAAUGAAAUGUUUGUCACAGUAGCUAACGCAUUAGAGGUGGCCAUUUACAUCCACGCGGCAGCCCUGGGCACAGAACUUAUUUACGGGAAAGGCUUAAAUCAUUAUGCAUCCGGCCACAUUGACCCUUAUCUGAACGGUGAGAACGUGUGGCAUUCAGUCAUACUGACUCUAUUGGCGGCACUCCACUCCAUCGGCGCCUCUGCGUGUGCUUUCGUCGACUAUUUGCAGUUGAACAGGAACCACAGGAUACAAGAUAUUCAUGAAAGUACUCUAUGGGUAAUACCAAUGUAUUCCAAAUGUGUUACCGAGGGUACUCAUAAAUAUCUGAAAUCUACUCUUGUGUUUGGUGGACUGACAUUAUCUUACAUGGUUGUAGCCUACAUUAUGGUCAAGACAGCACUGCACAUAGUAUUUGAGUAUAGAGUUAAACUAGUAAAUUGGGAGCAGCUUGUGGUGGCCUGCUUAAUUAUUCCCUGUAUCUGUAUCAGUGUACUGUUUGCUACGAAUGGCGGCGUAUUGCUCCUGGAAAGUGUAGACGCGACGAUGACCGCCGUGACUACUCCCACUAUAGUGUUGUUGGAGCUGGUAGCGAUGCUGUUCGUGUACCGCGGCCGCGACUUCCAGUCCGACAUGAACCUCUCCAUGGAGGAGAACGCGUGCGGCUCGCGCAUCGACACGCAGUGGAACAUCAUACCGUUUCUCACGCUUGCAACUCUAGUGGUCAAAUCAUACUCGACUGUACACUCGGAGUUACCAAGCCAUAUGUUGUUAAUAUCGAUGGUUCCAGUUAUACUUGUAGUCUUGGCCAUGUUGCUGCGGGCGAUCCGCAACGCUUAUGUAUUCCUCCAACAUUAAAGUCCCGCAGAACUUU